AUGGACACGGAAAAGCAAGCUAACCAAAGUACCUAAGAUGAUGAGAAAUUCGAUGAGGUUUUAGCUGACGAGCUUAAACUGGACGAAUGGACCAUCUGGGAGCAUUAUGAGAGUUUGGAGCAGAAAAAGGUUUAGUUUGAUGCAAAAUAUCUAGUGAGUUUCAAGAAGGUUGCCUGGUUUAAUGAUGUAAUCUCCUACUGGCAAGUAUGGCAGAAUUUGCCAAUCUCAAACUUAAAAAACUUCUUUUUCAACUCUUCGAGUAGCACUUAGCCAACGUAUGAUGUCAAAGGAGAGCUCAAAAGAAUCAGCACAAUUAGUAUGUUCUUGAAGGGAGUAAAGCCCAUGUUUGAAGAUUCAGCAAAUAUCCAAGGCGGUGAAUAUCAAAUCAGGCUAGCCACCAAUAUUAAGGAAGAUACUUUCGAUUACCUCAAUUCGAUUUGGUAGAGUCUAGUAUAAGAUGUCAUAACAAAGAGAUUUCCGAAUUCCAAUCAAAUAUUGGGUGUUAGAAUUGUGGACAAGAGUUUUUCAGGCAAGAUGAAUUUCAGAAUUGAAAUCUGGGUUAGGUACAACAAGGAAUCAGCAGAGGAAGCCCCUGCCAUUAGGAAAUUCUUGGAUGAGGAGUAUUAUCAAAAGUAUAGUGACAACCAAGGAGGCAUACCCUUCAAACUACAUGUUUUCUGA